AGUACAGUGUUUGUCAGAACAGCAGUUAGUUCAGCAGUGGAAGCUGAAAGAGAGUAAGACUACGCAAGAAGGAUCCACAAAUAUUAACUGCGUCUCUUGAUCGUACAAACAUGCAGAUCUUUGUGAAGACCCUCACUGGCAAAACAAUCACCCUAGAGGUUGAGCCAAGUGACACAAUUGAGAAUGUCAAAGCUAAGAUCCAGGAUAAGGAAGGCAUUCCCCCUGACCAGCAGAGGCUGAUCUUUGCUGGCAAGCAGCUUGAGGAUGGCCGCACACUCUCCGACUACAACAUCCAGAAGGAGUCGACCCUCCACCUUGUGCUGCGUCUGAGGGGCGGGCAGUAAAGUGAUUAAUGAUUCCAUGUUCUUAACCUUAUUUCCCUCACGUUAACGUGCUACGUAUGACAUGUUAUACACCGUAUUAUAAAGUUGUUACACAUGA